AGGAAAAAAAGUUAUACUUGACCAAAAUGUACGGAUCAAAUCUGGCCCAAUAUUGUUUUUGCAAAACGCCCACGACGGACCCACCCGAUUAAUCCCACAACUCGACGUCCACGGAUGUCGUGUGAGUCUGCAAAAAUCGGAUGUAUCAGCAAACCUGUCAACUCCCUAACGUCCCUGGAACCUGUGUGGGACUGCAUGUUUGCGCAUGUUGAGGGUGCAUGCGUACCUCCGUGAGUCCGCCCAGGCUUUCUCCUUCCCUCCGCCCCCUCUCCGUGCAGGAAUCCUCUCUGCAUCUCUCCUUCACUGCAGCUGGGGACGUCUGCGUCCAUCGCAGCUUCAGCAUCCUCCCUCUGCGCCCCUCUCUGCAGCCAGCAUCCUCCCUCUGCGCCCCUCUCUGCAGCCAGCAUCCUCUCCUCUACAACAUCUCUCUCUUCCCAGUCCUCCCUGCGGCCAGCUUCUCUGCUUGCUCCCUCAUCAUCUGCAGUGUGAGCCAGGCAAGCCUCCUGUCUGUUUCUCUCCCCUCCGUAGCAUCCAUCUUCCAGGAUAGUGACUGCAGUGACCCCCCCCACCCACCUUGCCUCCUCUCCCUGGGCUACGCAGCUCCGUCGGUCCCCCUCAAUCCCUCCUACACAACAUCGUCUGUCUGGAGAACCAGGCGGACAGACAGGCAGGCAGGCAAGCUCCAUCACACUCCAGCCACGGAGUCCUUUCUCUGGCUAGCCGGGCUCCCGAUCUCCCUCCUGAGGAUGAUCCUGUGGAUGAAGACGGAGGAGAUGGCCCUUGGUGCGAUGAUUGAAAGACUCAGACUCGUCACCCAGAACAUAGAUGAGAUCAUGCAGCAGGAAAGCAGCCCCCUCCGUGCUGUCAACAUAACCCUUGACCUUAGGAAGCGGUUUGCCUACCUCUCAGGGGGCCGAGGGCAGAACGGCAGCCCCAUAAUCAUUUUCCCAGAGUUCCCAGCAUUUGGAGAAAUUCAAGAGAGGGAAUUCCACAACGUGCUCACAUACCUGACCAGCGUCCCCAGUCUGUCUGCAACAGGAGCAGGUUUCAUCCUGGUCAUCGACCGUCGGCAGGACCGAUGGGCAGCUGUCAAAGGGACACUGCUCCGUAUCGCAGGUUCGUUCCCAGGGAACCUGCAGUUGGUUUUGGUGUUAAGGCCCACCAACUUAUUCCAGAGGACAUUGUCAGACAUCAUGUUCAAGUUCAACAAAGACGAGUUCAAGAUGAAGGUUCCGGUGAUCAUGUUGAGCUCUGUGACGGAGCUGCACUCCUACAUCAACCGGACCCAGCUGACCAUCGAGCUGGGAGGAACGCAGGAGUACUGCCAUGAGAGGUGGAUCUCACACCGUACUGCCAUUGAAGGCUUUGCGUUGAUGGUGAAGAGUACAGCUCAGAUCCUGCAGUCGUUUGGAACCGAACUAGCAGAGACUGAACUACCCAAUGACAUCCAGGGAACCACCCACCUACUAGCAGCACAUGCCAACAGGAAGGACAUGAUCAAGGAGGAUCUGCUGCUGGCUCUGGAACAAGGCAACACACUGUUGGAGAGUAUAAAUGAACCAGUGGCCAGAGACCCGGAACACAACAUGAACCAGGACGAACUAGAGAACUUUGCCACCGUACAGAGGUUGCUGUCCCAGUUGGAUGAGACAGAGCGGGCAUUUGACGAGUUCUGGUUGAGACAUAAGACCAAGCUGGAGCAGUGUCUGCAGCUUCGCCACUUCGAACACAAUUAUAGAGAGGUGAGGGGUCAGCUGGACCAAGUGGCAGAGAGACUGACAGUUUUCUCUGAGGUGGGAAUAAGCCCUGCACAUGCCGAUCACAUCUUUCGCGAGCUGAGCAGCCAUGAGGAAAGAGUCUGCGAGGUGUUGGACCAAACCCAGGCUCUGGCCAAUGAAGGUGACCAGUUGAUCCUGAACUCUCACUAUGCAGAGGACUCCAUUCAGCCCAAAUGCAGGGAGCUCCGAGCUUUGAGUGAGGAACUGAGCGCCAGCCUGCAGGCACGAAAAGACCACCUGCUGAGAGCCAUGGAGCUGCAUCGCAGUCUGGAGAGGGCAUCUAUGUGGUGUGACAAAGGGGUCUACCUGCUGGCCUCUCAGCCUGUAGACAAAUGUCAGUCACAUGACGGGGCAGAGUCAGCCCUGCAGGAGAUUGAACGUUACCUGGAAACAGCAGAGCAAAACCAACUGACUGAUCCUAGUAACAUCUACAAGGACUACGAGACGGUGAUCAACCAGGAGUUAAGGGACCAAGUAGAGAAGGUGUUCCAGAAACAGGUGUCCGUACAAGAGAUGUUUGAGAAGAGGAGGAUCAGUCUGAAGAAGCUUGCAGCCAAACAGACCAGACCAGUCCAGCCUGUGGCCCCAAGACCUGAAGCAUUUAUUAAGUCUCCACUGUCCUCACCUGCAAAGAAAGUUCUGGAGAAGAGCUGCUCAGAAGGGGACUCUGUGAACGGACUUGGCUGUAGGAAGGUCGAAGGUCAGCUGGUGAAUAGAAGUACCUCUCUGUCAGAAGAGGACGAGAACCUGGCCAUCCUCAGAAAACAUGUGAUGAAUGAACUGUUGGAGACAGAGAGGGCCUAUGUGGAAGAGCUCCUCUGUGUUCUUCAGGGUUAUGCCUCAGAGAUGGACAACCCAGCCAUGUCCAGCCUGAUCCCCGCUCCUCUGCAAAACAAGAAGGAUGUUCUGUUUGGCAACAUGCCAGAGAUCUACCACUUCCACAAGAGGACUUUCCUGAGGGAGUUGGAAGAGUACCAAGACAGCCCGGAACUGGUGGGUCGGUGCUUUCUGGAGAGGAUGACAGACCUGCAGAUUUAUGAGAAGUACUGUCAGAAUAAGCCUCGCUCCGAGAGCCUGUGGAGACAAUGCUCCGACUGUGCCUUCUUCCAGGAGUGUCAGAAGAAGCUGGAACAUAAACUGGGCUUGGACUCCUAUCUCCUGAAACCCGUGCAGAGGAUCACGAAGUACCAGCUCCUGUUGAAGGAGCUGCUGAAGUACAGUAAGGGGUGUGAGGGGUCAGAGGACCUCCAGGAGGCUCUGACCUCCAUCCUGGGUAUCCUGAAGGCCGUAAACGACUCCAUGCACCUCAUCGCCAUCACUGGAUAUGAUGGCCACCUGGGUGACCUGGGACGGCUGUUGAUGCAGGGAUCGUUCAGUGUGUGGACGGAACACAAGAAAGGUCAUGCUAAGGUCAAGGACCUUGCCCGCUUCAAGCCCAUGCAGAGACAUCUGUUCCUGCAUGAGAAGGCCCUGCUGUUCUGCAAGAGACGUGAGGAGAACGGAGAGGGUUACGAGAAGGCCCCCUCCUACAGCUUCAAGCAGUCGCUUAGUAUGAGUGCUGUGGGCAUCACCGAGAACGCCAAAGGAGACAACAAGAAGUUUGAGGUCUGGUGCAACUCGCGAGAGGAGGUGUACAUAGUCCAGGCCCCAACAACUGAGGUAAAAACGACGUGGGUGAAUGAGAUCCGGAAGGUUCUGACGACCCAGUUGGAAGCGUAUAGAGAAGCCAGCCAACAGAAGCCCUCAGACGGAACCUUCCAGUACCCAUCCAUCACUGGAGGACCUGUGGGCCUCAGUCCGUUCCGAAGAGGGGAUAGGAGCAUGAAGGAGAAGAAGGGAGAACCCAGCAGUCCCGACGCUAACUCCUCCUCCUCUCCAAAAACCAAAGACGAGGCCGUGACCAGUCCCACAUCAGACAGAUCAGCUAAAAAGCGCUUUACCCUGCAGGGCUUCAGCAACUUCAGCAAAGAGCUCUCACCUCCUGACAAUAAAAGCUUAACUUUUCCCAGGAUGCCCCUCUCCCCGCCAGGAUCUCUCACGAGCCCCGACCAUAAAACCAAACGUCAUGAGAUAAAGAGUGAUCCCACUCCGUUCGGCUUUAAAGGCUGGACCAAGGGCUCACUCUCCCUGGACGCCCAGGACGGGUACUCGAGCACCGAGGAGCCCCUGAACUCCGACCCCGAGGACGAGGGGGGGAAGAAACUGCAUGCUGGGAAGUAUACCGUCGUGUCUGACUAUGAGAUGGGCGGAGCCCAGGACCUGUCAGUCAAAAACGGUGAAACAGUGCACCUGAUCAGAGAGGGAGAAGACGGACAGUGGUUGGUGAAGAACCUGAGGACUAGACAGGAGGGCUGGGUGGCUGCAGCAAACCUCCUCAGUCUGAUUGGACAGUCCAAGUCCUGCCAGUCUCUCACAAGCUCAGAGGGCAGCGGGUCUGGGAACCUCAGCACUUCCUCCAGCUUCUGUGAGACCUACACCAGCUUGUCUGACAUUAAGCCCUGAGCCUGCUCCCCUUCACUGGCUGGAACAGGCCUGUCCAGACCCAAAUCGUCCGGCACAGCUGGUGGUUCCCCCAGCAAGACAGCACUUUCUCCUAUCAGCCAAACCCAAAUGCCCCCCUCCUUCCCCAGAGGCAAGCCUCCGGAUUUAGGACGUUGGUCUUCAAGAAGAUGCCAGCAGAAGAUUUUACCCAAUUUCAAUGUUGCAGUGACCAGUCUAUUUGAGUGGUGUUAUUAUGGAGGAUGGACUCCAGCGCCUGGGUGUAGUUGGAAAGACCUGGUGCAUUGUGGGAGGCCAGCAGCUCCCUCCGUUUAUCCACAGGAUGAGAAGGUGGGGGUUUAGACAUAGAUCUGCAGUCAGCUUGGCUCUUUGUCUUGUUAAGGGUGGCAGAAGGUUCCGCUGAUUCCAGGGUGGCUAGAAUCAGUGACACUACAACCAACUGAAGACGGGACCUGAGAUUCAUUUGGAGCCCAGGGGCACCGACCUCCAAUUUUUAUUUUAUUAUUAAUAUUUAUUUGUAUUUUUGUUAAGAAAAUAGCUAACUUAUUAAAUGUCAGCAUAUUUUGCCAUGGCGCAGAGAAGAAAUUACUAGUUUUGUAUGGCUAUUCUACACAUGAAGCUGACAGUCCUGUAAUUGUACACAUUUAGCCAUUGCAUUGAGAAAACCUAGUUGUUUUAUAGCUCGUCAUUCAGUUGUUUAAAUUUUGCCAUGAGGCUGAGAUACAUUUUUGUAGUUUUGAAUCAUAUUUCCUUCACAUUCUAGUGUCUGGAGGCCCCAGACCUGCAGAAAAACAUCCAACCCACCUCAAAUUAUUAUAUAUUUUAUUGCCAAUCUGGAGGUCGGAGGUUCGGGUGACCCGGCCAAUGUGCUGGUUCAUUCAUCAUUCCUGCUGACCAGUGCCAGCCCUAGCCUUUUGGGGGCCCUAAUCAAAAUUUUAUUUGGGGGCUCCCUCCCCCCUAGCGGUUGGUCCCCCCUAGCGGUUGGGGGCCCUAAGCACUAAUGCCUAUGUCACUAAUGCCUAGGGCCAGCCCUGCUGCUGACAAAAGCAUUCUAGUAUUAAUUAAAAUCCUAAUUCUACAAUGAACCCCUGUACCUGCAAUAGGGUUAAAGACAUGGUUCAUGUUCAUGAAGACAAUUGUAAGGACUAUAUCACAUGCUGUCAGUCUGAAACGUAGUGCGUUAGAUUGUCUACAAAUAGCUGGUAUUUUUCAAAUAUAAUGUUAUUGUAAAUAAAAGAUAAUGAAUGCAAUGGACAAUAUGUAUGACAUGUUUAGCCCUCUAGAUGCUACUAGUCGCCUCAUAUAUGUUACCAUGACGACGACUUCCUUACUGUUUCAUCUCUUUCGAAGGCCACUUGAGUAAUGGACAGUUACCGUUUAUUAGAAAGUCAAGGGAAGAGAAGGACUCCUGUUAUUCCGUGAUGAUGUUACAUCCUAAGUCUUUCUAUCCCUGUGAUUUUACAUUCUCUCUCUCUCGUCUUCGUAAAUAGGAUAUCCUGUCCAGCACCAUAUAUUGUCUGUGGUUCAGACAGAUAAGUCACGGCAUUCAUUGUCGUUAGUCUUCUGUCCCCGUAAGAUGCCUACAGAUGAAAGUCUUUCGGAUAUGUAUUGAACAUGACUGUGGUGGUGAUGUAGCUUCCUGUAAUCGUUAAGGUGUUCUCAUCCAUAUGUGCUGUGGAUCUGUCUUUUGUUAACGAUGCAGAAACCACCAUGAGGUCUGGACUUGUUUGUUGUAAAGCAGUCAUCAUGUGUAUGUAGAUAUUGUUUGCUCUCGCACUGUUCUUUUUCUAUUAAAGCACUGGUAGUACAGGUUA